CUCAUAAUCUCAUAAUCUCAUAAUCUCACUCUCUCUCUCUCUCAAAAACCAAAAGAAGAAGCAUUUCCUCGAGAAAGAGGGACAAAUUAAGAUGGGUUCCAAAAUUGUCCAAGUUUUCUUGAUAUUGGCUCUCUUCGCCACGUCAGCAAUUGCUCAAGCACCAGCUCCUACUCCGACCGCCACUCCUCCGCCGCCAGCCGCUACUCCUCCUCCUGUCGCAACUCCUCCUCCCGCCGCCACUCCUCCUCCAAUGGCCACCCCACCACCAGCCGCAACCCCAGCCCCAACCACCAGUUCACCACCGGCCGCGACCCCAGCCCCCGCCACUACUCCACCGUCGGCCGCUCCUUCUCCGGCAGAUGUCCCUGCCGCCUCUCCACCUGCGCCUGAAGGUCCCGCCUUGAGCCCAAACGGACUUGCUCCAGGUCCUUCAGGUGAUGCGCUUGCCCCAAGUGCCGCUUUCUCCAACAAUGCUUUCAUCGCCGGAACCGCCUUCGCCGCCUUUGUCUACGCCGCCGUUUUGGCUUGAGAUUUUUUUCUUUUUGUUACAUUUUUACAAAUUCACGUUUCUAUUUUUUUUUCCCCAAUUAUUUCAAAUCCUUCGUGUUAUUAUGUGAGAAUUUAUUUUAUUUCGCUAUUUAAUCGUUUAAACUUGUAUCUUGUUUAUGUGUGUCGGAUUAGGGAAAGUAAUUAUCUUCGUGGGAAACUAAUGGAAU